AUGGUUAUAUUCAUAGUGUCGCUCCAAGCGGUCCUCAUCAAGCAUUAUUCGACAUCUUACAGUCACUACACAAUGGCAUUCAAGUUUGUUGUACUCGCUUGUUUGGUGGCGGCCGCUGCUGCUGGCGUCGUCCCAGCUGCACCUCUGACCUACGCCGCACCGGCCUACCAACCUGCAGCAGCCUACCAUGCUGCUCCCGUAGCCUAUGCUGCAAGCCCAGUUGCCUACGCGGCGCCCGUCGCUAAGGUCGCCGCCGUAGCCCCAGUCGCCAAAGUUGCCGUCGAAGAGUACGACCCUCAUCCCCAGUACAGCUUUGCAUACGACGUUCAGGACGGUCUCACUGGCGACUCAAAGACCCAGCACGAAACUCGCGAUGGUGAUGUCGUCCAAGGUUCUUAUUCCGUUGUGGACCCCGAUGGCACCAAGCGCACCGUUGAGUACACCGCUGACCCUCAUAAUGGUUUCAAUGCCGUCGUGCACAGAGAACCUCUGGCCGUGAAAGUUGCCCCCGUUGCUAAAAUCGCAGCCCCCGUAGCAUACACCGCGCCCGCUCCCGUGUCAUACGCAGCGCCCGCUCCCGUAUCAUACGCCGCGCCCGUAGCCAAGUUAGCCUACGCCGCUGCCCCCGUUGUUCACGCUGCUCCCGUUGCCAAGCUCGCCGCACCCAUCGCUUACUCCGCUCCGCUUUACCACCACUGAAUUGAUGCCAAAACAUAUAAAUACACCAGAUAAAUGUAUUAUUUUCAAUAUAUUGAACUGUGUAUUAUAGACAAGUGAUGUAAUUUACUGUAAGGUCAUUAAAUUAUUUUUUUAUUUA